AUGGAGGCGCUUAUGCCUGAGAAUAAAGCGCUUCCUACAAUGGAAAAGUAUGAUGGAUCGACUGACCCAAGUGAGCAUCUAAGAUCCUUCGCAGAUCCGAUGACUGUUUACUCUAAUGAUAAUCUGGUGUGGUGUAAGGUGUUCUCUUUAUCAUUGAAGGGAGAAGCCAUAGCUUGGUUCCAUUCGUUGGAACCCAGGACGAUUGAUGGUUUUGGGACGCUGCGCAAUCUAUUUGGGCAACAGUAUGCCUCAAGCAAGCCCCAAGAGCUGACGUAUUUGGCCCUAUUAAAAAUGAGGCAAGCAACAGGGGAAACCUUGAGGGACUUCAUGGAUCGGUUUAAUAGGACCGUUCGGCAGGUGAAGGAUGUGGAUAGGAAAUUCAUACUUAAUAGAGUCACACAGGCUUUACGACCGAGACCUUUGGCAGAUACUUUGUAUGCUGAAGAACCAUUGACCAUGGUGGAGCUACAAAACAGAGCCAACAAGUUCAUACACGUGGAGGAAAUGUGGGCUUAUCAGCAGAUUCAGAAGGAAGAGUAUGCGCGGGUGGUAGGUCGCGAUCAAGGACGAAAGGAUGGAAAGCAAGCACGAGAGCAAGAUGAAGGAAGGAACUUCAAAAGAAGAGAAUUCCUUAAGGGUCCCCGAUACACCCGGUAUACACCGUUGAGUGCAACAAGAACGAGGGUGAUGGAAGAGGCCUUGCAGGCGGAUCUUUUAACCUUGAUACAGGCACCCACUCCCAAGAAUGUCGAUGGACAGAAGCAUUGCAAGUAUCACCAAAACUUGGGGCAUGACAUAGAAGAUUGUGGCACACUGAGGGAUAUGUUGGAAGAACUAGUUAGAGAGGGUCAUCUCAAGAGAUACGUACAGGAAGAAAAGAGCCGGGAGGCGCCAAGGAAUAAUUAUCCAAGGCAAAAUAAUCAGCACUCAAGCGCUAAUGGAAAGCGCUGGGAAGAUCGGCGUGGGGGAAGAACUGGGGUAGAGCGAUCCUUUAAGGGCCAUAUCAAUACCAUCUCGGGGGGUUUCGCGGGAGGAGUAGCGACCUCGUCAGCCAGGAAGAGGCACUUGAGAAGCCUGAGAAGUGUCAAUCAAGCAGAUGUGAGGCAGAGGUCAAUGCCUAGGAUUACCUUCUCGAACAAAGAUUUUCAUGCUCCCGACCCUAAUCAAGACGACCCGAUGGUAAUAAUGGCGGUAAUAUCCCAGUAUACCGUGGCUAAGGUUUUGAUAGAUCAGGGGAGCUCGGCCAAUAUAUUAUAUUGGAAGACGUUCCAGCAAAUGAACCUAUCGAAAGAUAUCAUAGCAUCGUUUAAUGAGCAGAUUUUGGGUUUUGCUGGUGAAAGGGUGGAUACAAUGGGGUAUGUAAAUCUCAGAACGAGUUUGGGGACUGAGCGGGGGGCCAAAGAAUUGAAGGUCAGAUUCUUGUUAGUUGAGGCUAACACCUCGUACAAUGUCUUGCUAGGUCGACCUUGUUUGAAUGCUUUUGGAGCAAUAGUGUCCACACCCCACUUGACGUUGAAGGAUCCAUCAAACGAGGGCAGGAUUUGUAUGGUCAGGGCGGAUCAGAGGAUGGCGCGGGAAUGUUAUGUGGCAGGACUAAAGAUGGAACCGUGA